AUGAUGAUGCACUUAUUCUUGACAGGCGUGGCCCUGAAAGUAAUCCUCCUCAUUGUAAACUUGUCUUCGCUCUCUGAGGGGCGAGGUUUCCGGUGCAACGCAGGAGAAAUUGUUGAUCAAGACCUUGAAUCCAUCCGUCAACUCGCCUGCAAUAGCUUGAAAACAGGCGAUGCAAAGUCUUCAGUAGAUGUUAAUUCCCAGGGCAACCAAAAAGUUGGCUUCGAGUGGAAGCUGCCCAAACCUUUGACUAUAGAACAAUUUGAUGGUGGAAUGAUUACGCAGCUACAGCUCACCGACAAUUGCGAAAUCACGUCCAUCACUGUCUCAAGCAAAGGAAAUGAAAGCCAAGUCUGCCCAAGAGAAAUGGCUAUCCAUAAACGUCAAGAUACAAUAUUGGAAUGUAAUGAUGUGCAAUUCUACAGUCAUGGUCUGACUAGAUCCGCCGCCAAAUACUGUAACAAUAAGAGAGUUAAGUUAGACGACGUCCUUGCAUUUCCCGCAGACUACACCCCAAAAAUUUUUAGUACUGUAGAUGAGUAUAUGGCAGAAGUAGAUGAUUUCAAUAAAGUCCAUGAACGUGAUCUCUACACAUUGUCGUAUAUGGUCUUUGAUAAAAAGUGCAGUAUUAUAGGGGCCAUUGUUUAUAAAGAUUAUACAUUUCGAGCCUGUUCGUUUAAUGUGGUUAUUGAUUGA